AUGUCAACAAACACAGAACAGCCUCCAGCACCAGCAUACGAAAUAGAGGCAGAUGGCCUUGCAGGCGACAUUAUUAAAUCCAUCAUGACACCCGGAUACACAGCGAGUGGAGUGAUUCGAAUCAUGUUUUACGCAUUUUACGCACUGUUUGCAACGCUCUUAUUUAUGAUUUUUAUCACAAGAGGCAAUCCUCAUGUCAUUGCAUUGUUCCUACUAGCACUUUGCCUAUUUGUGACUAUAAAAUGGUUUAUAGCAGAAUUGGAUCACGUCAAAAAACAAGAAGCAGCAGCCAAAGCAAAACGAGACAAAAAGACAGGAUAA